CUACAAAGAUGACAAACUCCGUAGAGGGGCUCGAUAAUAUAUGACUCAGAGUGGAAUUCCAACCGUAGCGCCGACAUCUUGAGCUGCAUUAAAGCCAUAAGUCAAUACGAAGAAGAUGAUAUUACUCAGAAGCUCAAGGUCUAUCAUAUUAUGGAGCCAGGUUCUACCAGAAAUAUGCUGAUAGCACAUUUAAAUUUCAAAAGCUAUGCCACCCGCGCGGAAAAUCUUCAAAAACAUAUGCUUGGUAUGGAGCAUCCCUGGGAUGUGGUUGCUAUACAAGACCCCCUUCACGAACUCCUGUGGCCUCACGAACUCCUGUGGCUAAUAAGAGGCAUUCGACGCACGCAUCAAAUUUACUAUCAAACCAAACGAUCUGCUACAGAAAAUGACCAUCCAAUGCAUGGCGGGUAUGAAAAUGUAUGCGAAUCUCGAAUCACCGUUUCGAAACUAUCUGGCCACGAACCCGUGAUGUUCUAUGAAAAUAGCGGCCUUCCCCAGUCCACCUACCAUGAAGUUUUCUUUUAUGGACGACUCAUAUAUCAUGAUGCGGUCAAAUGCAUGGGAGAAGGAUUGUGAGAAAAUAGCAAAAGUCCACAAUCUACUCAAUUCAUGGGCAGAAGAAAACGGCGUCUCAUUUGCGCCUGAGAAGUAUAGCUUAUUUUCCAAUACAAAACUAGGCACCGUCAAGAUUUACCGAAUAUCGACAACUUACUUUAUGCUGAGAAACUA